AUGGAGCACCGAAGCAAAGUGUUUAAAUUUGCUGUUAUAUUCUUAUUACUGGUCCCACUUCUUAUUGGGAUUGUCAUUUGGGCAAGUCUCUCCAAUUAUGUCGGAGAAAAUGUGCAGAAGAAGCCUAAUAUUAUCCUGAUAAUGGCUGAUGAUCUUGGUUCACACGAUGUGAGUUUGAGAGGAAGCAAUCAAAUUCUGACGCCCAACAUCGACGCUUUGGGCUAUCAAGGCGUCAUCUUCAACAGACAUUACACCGCUCCAAUGUGCACACCAACGAGAUCAUCUCUCUUGACUGGAAAGUACUCAAUUCACACUGGAAUGCAGCAUUAUAUAAUUGCUGCAGACCAACCUUGGUGUCUUCCUUUGGAGGAAAAGCUUCUUCCGCAGUACUUGAAAGAAGCUGGCUACAAAACUCACAUUGCUGGCAAAUGGCACUUGGGAAUGGCUAAGAAAGCUUUCACACCAACUCACAGAGGUUUUGACAGUCAUGUUGGGUCUCUAGGACCCUACAUUGAUUACUUUAACUUCACUCACUGGAUGUCCAUUAAACCAUAUACUCCUGGUUUUGACUUCAGGUACAAUGAGAGUGUUUAUCGCGAUAGAGUUGGUGAAUAUGCAACGGACGUUUUGGCAGAUGAAGCUUCGAAGAUCAUUUACAAUCAUGAUCCUUCGGGAGAUCCCCUCUUUCUCUACUUUUCGCAAUUGGCACCGCAUGCGGCGAAUGAUGUAGAUCCUGUGCAAGCAAUUCCGGAAGAUUUAGAGAAAGUUGGUCAUAUUAAGGAUCCCAAGAGAAGAACUUACGCCGCAAUGGUGAAAGCUCUCGACAGAUCAGUGGGAACGGUUGUCAAAGCUCUGAAGGAGAAAGGAAUGCUGGAGAACAGCAUCAUCGUGUUCUUUUCGGACAAUGGAGGUCCUACAAAAGGAUUUGUCUCUGUGGAAGCUUCAAAUUAUCCACUGAAAGGGCAAAAGAAUAGUCCUUGGGAAGGUGCUUUACGAGGAAUGGCUCUGGUUUGGAGUCCCCUUCUGCAGCAGAGACACCGAGUAUCCGAACAUUUGACUCACAUCACGGAUUGGCUGCCAACAUUUGCUCAGAUUGCUGGUUCAACUUCGAUCAAAUCCGCUGAACUUGAUGGCUUCGAUAUUUGGGAGACUCUUUCCUUCAACAAACCUCCAGUUCGCCGUGAAAUGGUCCACUGUAUCGAUCCAAUCAUUGGUUACAGUUCAGUUUACCUCAAUGGUUGGAAGUACAUAAACGGCACGACAUUCAAUGGAAGAUUUGACGAUUGGCUAGGCGAAAUGCCCUUCGAGGAAGAUCCUGAAUCCCUUCGCUAUCCUCAUCUUGUGAUGGAAAGUGAGGUUUGGCGAGCCUUGAAUCCCUUCGCGAGAAGACACAUGAAAUCUUGGGAUCUGGAAAGAAUUAGAAAGAAGACAAAAAUAGUCUGCGAAGGACAGAAUCCUAUCUCCACGCCGUGUGAACCACUGAAAAGUCCUUGCUUGUUCCACGUUGCUUCUGAUCCUUGUGAAGUGAGUAAUUUAGCCCACGUGAGAUCAUCAGAGGUGGAGACUAUUGAGAACAAGUUGAGAUUGUUGCUGGAGAAUUCAGUGCCACCAGGCAAUUUGCCAAACGAUCCACGUGCCGAUCCUGCGCUCAAUCAGGGUCUCUGGACGUGGUGGUUAGAUUCAAAUCAAGUCACUGAACCAGCAAUCUUCUGA